AUGGAGGACGAUCCCUUGAUCACGCUCAAGGUCCUGGACCUGGAAGGUCGCAGGGUCUACCACACCAUGAGGAUGAACAACAGGCUGCAAGGCCUCAUGGAUGCCUAUUACAAGAAGGUGGCCGAUGUGACCUACGGCAGCGGGACCUUCAUGUUCGAUGGAUCCAUCCGGCUGCGGGGCACCAACACGCCGGCCGAGCUCGAUCUGAAUGAUGAAGAUGAGAUCGAGUUCUUCCCGACCAUGAUUGGCGGCGGAUCGGUCGGUGCGUGA